CGGACAGGCACUACCACAUCAUCCACUCUCAGAUUCAUGAUGUUACAUCAACAGCUAGUACUUGUCUUUGGAAUAUCACUAGCUAGUGAUAUAUGUGCAUUUAGAAGCUGUUAUUCAGAAGCCCAAGUCUCCGUAUAUUAUUUCUGCAACCUCACAGAUAUUCCACUUGUGCCAAAGGAUACAGUGAAGCUUUUGCUAACUUUUAACUAUAUCAGACAAGUGACUGCAACUUCGUUUCCACUGCUGGAGCACUUGUUGCAGCUGGAAAUUGGAACGCAGUACGUGUAUCCUGUUACCAUAGGAAAAGGAGCUUUCAGGAACCUGCCAAACCUUCGUGUCUUAGACUUGGGAUUCAAUAAGAUUCUUCAAGUGGACCUUGAUGCUUUUGUGGGCUUGACACGUCUGACUGUACUCCGUCUGUUUCAGAACUACCUUGGAGACGCCAUCCUGGAGGAACGUUACUUUCAAGAUUUGAGCUCGUUAGAAGAAUUGGAUCUUUCAGGGAACGAAAUCACAAAACUUCAGCCUCAUCCCUUAUUUUAUAAUCUAACAGUCUUGAAAACUGUGAACCUGAAAUUCAACAAGAUAUCCAACCUGUGUGAAAGCAAUCUUACCAGCUUCCGAGGAAAACACUUUUUAUUUUUUAGCCUCAGUUCUAAUAAUUUGUACAAGACAGAUAGAAUGGCCUGGGCCAGAUGCCCAAAUCCUUUCAGAAAUAUUACAUUUAACUCACUAGACCUUAGUGACAAUGGCUGGAGCACAGAGAAAGUCCAAUACUUCUGUACAGCCAUUAAAGGGACCCAAAUUGGUUCUUUAAUGUUUAGCUCUCAUACAAUGGGUUCAGGAUUUGGCUUUAAUAACUUAAAAAAUCCAGAUAAUUAUACGUUUGCAGGGCUAGCAAGAAGUAAUCUUCAUUUGCUUGAUAUUUCAAAUGGUUACAUUUUCUCUCUCAAUUCUUUAAUCUUUCAAAGCCUUGGGAAUCUGGAAUUGUUGAACCUUUUCAAAAACAAGAUAAAUCAAAUCCAAAGGCAAGCAUUUUUUGGCUUGGGAAACCUAAAAACUCUCAAUCUCUCACGUAAUCUUUUAGGUGAGUUGUAUGAUUAUACUUUUGAGGGUCUACAUAGUGUAAUGUAUAUUGAUUUACAGCAAAAUCAUAUUGGGAUGAUUGGUGAAAAAUCAUUCCGUAACUUAGUAAGUCUGAAAAUAGUUGAUCUCCGAGACAAUGCCAUUAAAAAACUCCCUUCCUUUCCACAUCUGACCUCGGCCUUUUUAGGUGACAAUAAGCUAAUGUCUGUAGUUGGCACAAUAGCAGCAACAUACCUUGAAUUAGAAAGAAAUUGGUUGGCAAACCUGGGUGACCUGUAUAUUCUUUUCCAACUUCCAGAUGUGCAGUAUAUCUUCUUAAAACAGAAUCGCUUCUCUUACUGUGUGAGAAGUGAUAAUGUUAUCAAAAACAAUCAAUUAAUCUAUAUGGAUCUAGGCGAAAAUAUGCUACAGCUUGUGUGGGAGAGAGAUUUAUGUUUGGAUGUGUUCAGGGCACUGUCCAAACUUCAGGUUCUACAUCUGAAUAACAACUACCUUAGUGCUCUUCCACAGGAGAUUUUUAGAGGUCUAACGUCUCUAAAAAGACUUAAUCUAGCUUCCAACCUAUUGUCUCAUCUUUCUCCUGGGCUUUUUCCACAAAGCCUAACAAACCUAAACUUAUCCGGAAACCAGCUUUUCUCUCCUGAGCCUGAAGUCUUUAUGACUUUGAGUAUUCUGGAUAUAACACAUAAUAAGUAUGUCUGUGAUUGUACUUUAAAGAGCCUAUUAGUGUGGCUGAAUGAAACCAACGUAACCCUAACUGGCUCACAAUCUGACAGGUACUGCGUAUACCCACCUGCAUUUGCAGGGGUACCACUGUCGUCUCUGACAUAUGACGGUUGCAGUGAAGAUGAACUCCAGCAGACACUCAGGUUCUCAGUAUUCGUCUUCACCUCUGUCACUCUUCUAAUGUUUCUGAUGGCAGUCAUCAUUUUUACUCGCUGUCGGGGGAUUUGUUUUGUCUUGUAUAAAACGAUCAUCAAAAAAAUGAUAGACAGCCAUCCACAAGCAGCAGAUAAAAGCGAAUACAGAUACGAUGCAUAUUUGUGCUACAGCAAAAAUGACUUUGAAUGGGUCCAGAAUUCUUUGCUAAAGCGCCUGGAUUCACAGUAUUUUGAUAAAAACAGAUUUACCUUGUGCUUUGAGGAAAGAGAUUUCUUGCCUGGGGAAGAACAUAUCAACAAUAUCCGUGAUGCCAUUUGGAACAGUAGGAAAACAAUUUGCAUUGUGACCAGGCAGUUUCUCAAAGAUGGGUGGUGCGUGGAAGCCUUUAAUUUUGCCCAGAGCAGGUACUUCUGUGAUCUGAAAGAUGUCCUCAUUAUGGUAGUCGUCGGGUCACUUUCUCAAUAUCAACUGAUGAAACACAAACCAAUUCGAAACUUUUUACGAAGGAGUCGAUAUUUGCGGUGGCCUGAAGAUUAUCAAGAUGUAGACUGGUUUUUAAAUAACCUUUCUUGCCAAAUUCUGAAGGAAAAAAAAGUGCGAAAGAAAGCCAGCGGUAUAGAGCUGCAGACUGUAGCAACACUCUCCCAUUGA